UCUUUCUCUCGGACUGUGAGUGGGGGAUGUGCGUUGAGAGAAGGCGGAUCUCCGAGGCACCAAUCCACGGCGUUCCUUUGGUGGUUUAAAGAGCUCUUUGUGUCAAUCACGCGUUUUUUUCGUUCUCUAUCCCCCUUCAUCGCCAUAUUGGGCGCAGAAAAGCCUCGCCUUGUUAUUUCUCUUCCCCUCUUUUACUACGACGCGCAGUUGACAGGAGUGGCCAUCGAGAACGCUGCUUUUGUUUUGAUGAUCGUCGCUUGUCCGUGUUUUUACGACUUCUGCUCGGCGCUCAUGCGGCGCACUCGGGGCGAGUUUUGCCUGCACGCCCGUCGUUUUGGAUCGCGUUAACGCAGGAGGGAACGCUUUAUAACAGCUGUUGGGUUUGCGUUUUUGACUCGAACGCCUUAACAUGUCUAACGUUCGCUUGUCUAAUGGCAGCCCGACGCUGGAGAGGAUGGAGGCGCGACUGUCCGACCAGCCCAAGCCGUCGGCGUGUCGGAACCUGUUCGGCCCGGUGGAUCAUGAAGAGUUAAAGAAGGAUUUCCAACGGCAACUGAAGGCGAUGGAGGACGCGUCGGCGGACGAGUGGAACUUCGACUUCUCCACACACACGCCGCGCGCCGACGGCAGAUUCCAGUGGGAAGCGCUGGAUAUUCGCUCGGUGCCCGGCUUCUACAGUAGUUCGGAGCGGGGAAAGGGCUCCAAUCUUCAUUUGUGCUCCUCUGGGAAUAAUAACGACAAUAAUGUGGAUGUUAAUGGGAAUCACGACUGUCGGGUAACGGAUCCGAGCGCGGAGACGCCCGAAACACCUCGCGAGCCGAGGAAAAGACCCUCCUGUCUCGACUCAUCGUGUCAAAGCAAACGGUCUCACAUCUGUGUGGAUGAAGUGACCCGAACACCCAGAAAACCCAAAAAACCCAGAAAACACCCCAGCCCGACAUAAAUGCAAUGAGGGCUGAAGAUGUCGACGUCGGUUUCAUGACCUCAGUGCUUGGUGAACGAAAGAUUUUUUUUGGGGGGGGGGGAGCGAUCGGGGAAAACAAAACAUAUCAACUCUAAGAGUGUUCAAGCACUGAAAACAGAAACACUAAAGUUCUGGCACUCAAGAAAAAAAAGCAACUGCUUCUGAAAGCAGUGUAUGUAGCAGUGUGCAAUUAGGUUGAAUUUCCUUUUUUGCUCAUUUUUUUUUUUUUUGUUUUUCUUACUACCUGUGUAUAUAAAUAUAUAUUUGUUCCUUUUCAUAUGUAGCACAUAAUUAGUAUUAUGUUGGAAAAUAUAUUUUUUCUUUGGAGGUGUGAGUUUGGUUUGACUUGAAGAGCCACCGUUGCCGUGUGUAGAUUAUUUCCGAAAUGCUGUUCAUUAUUUGUUUUAUUUCACGUUUUGAAGGCAGUGUGCCUGUUUUCAUAUAAAUUUUCAGAUGAGGUACACAAAAUAGUUCUUUUGAAGGGAUCUGGUUGGAUCCGAACAUCUCAGCCUGUUUUUUUUUUUUGUUUUUUUUCAAAGGUGAUGUAAAAGUUCAAACUCUGAGGUCAAACCUUGUAGCAUCAACCAGUAUUACUAUCAGGCACUUCCAUGGAGGAGAAACAUCUCUCACCCUCUUAAAUUAUUUCUUUUGUAUUUCAUCUGUAAUUUGAGUGAGAUUUUCUACUGAUAUUGUUUUGGUUUUGACUCGAUCACCCUUGAUUUUGCCUCUUUUUUUUUUUUUUUUUUUCACUGCAGAAGUGAUCAACCGAAUGCAUCUAAAACACUCUAUAAAUAGAUAUUCUGUGGUGAAACCUGAUGCAUAACUGUAUUUAUAGAGAAAGUAAAUAUUAAUAUUUGAACGAAUUUACACUGCCUGUGUAUUUGUGUACAUAACUUUGUAAAAACACUGAGAAAAUUAAAACUAACUUAUUUAUAUCAAUGCUUUUUUUUUUCUUUGAAAUUAAAAUGGUUUUUGGUCAAGGUUUGAGUCAUUAUUUUUGUAAAUGCUUAUUUUUUUGGUAGCUUCUUCCUUUCUGAUUUUUUUUUUUUUUGUAAUAUUUUAACAAAUUGUAAGAGGUUGCAAACUGAGCCUGAUUAAAAUAUUUGAUAAGUGCUUUUUUGUUAUGUGUGGUUAUACAAUGUGCUGCAAUCAAUUAAAAGAGAAUUAAAUUAUUUCAA